UAAAAUCUGCACGCCAGGGAGGAAUGCCCACUGAGGAGGAAGAAAGCAACCCUGCACUCCUCUGUGAUUGGGACUGACUGUGCUGUUGCUGGGUGGAACAGUGUAAUGCUGCUGCUGCUCCUGCUCCAGCACUGUGAUGUUUCUGUUCCACAUUGUGCUGACUCACAUUCAAGAAAAUAUGAUACACAGACACAAUGCAGUGUAACUCUUUUCCUUCCCCCCAGUGACCUCGAAAGUUUCUGUAGAUAAUGCAUUAAAUGGCUGAGAGAGCCGCUGUAAUAUCAAGAGAUGAAGAGGAGAUCCAAAACAGCAGUGACGAUGAAGACAGACUUCCGACUCAAGUUGCUGUAACAGCAUCCCCUGGUUGCUCUGCCAGUGCAUCGCUAGACAGCCCUGAGGAAGACAAGGGAAGCUCAGCAGUGCCAGAAAGACUGUCUGUCCUCUCCAGCAGGGCAGUGGCCCAGCUAAAAGUCCUGACUGGCCCAGAGAUGGUUAGUGGUGUCCAGGCACAGAGGACAGCCCCUGGGCUGGCUGAGCAUCCUCUGACAGCUGUAGAUGCAUCCUUAGGUGCCUCCUCAUGCCCUGCAGCAGUUGAUAACCUGCUGCCUGUGGACCUUGCCUCCCUGCAUGCCAAAAGCCCCUGCUGUGAUGGCAAAUUGAGUUCAGAGGUGCUGCAGGUCCCGAGGGUGCCCGGUGAGGCCAGCGAGGCCCUGCAGGCAGGGACUGACACACAGCAGGCAGGGAGCGGCACUGAGAGCAGCAUGGCCUCUUGCAGUUUGGGACGUGUGACUUGGAGGAAGACCACAACAGUAAUGGAGACCUUAGAAAAUAAGAAAAAGGAGGAAAAGGAGAAGUACCGGCUCCAGCUAGCAAUGUACCGACGGCUCCUGCUGUUGCGCUCCAUCAGGAGUUUGCACAGGCAGCUGGAGCAGCAGCAGGCCAGGCUGCAGGAAUGCUAUGGCACAGUGAUAAAUACAAAGAAAGAAGUGUUGAAGCACAUUUGCUCAACCUCGCCCUCACCUUCGCCGUAAUCAUGUUGCUGCCUGCAGAAAUGAGCUUUGCAAUGCCACCCGAGCUGCCAGUAAGCUUGCAUGCCACAGGGGCGGUGUCCUGGUGUGUGCCCAGCGGAGAGGAAACAGCAGCAACAGACCGAGAAGAGAACAGAGAAGGUAUAGCGUUGGUCUGAAUUUAUCUGGAGGAAAAAAGAGCAAGGGUGAACCUGUGCAAGAAGCUGACUCCUGAUGCCCAUUCCAAGCCUCAAGGUGAAAAAGGAAUUUUUUGACAGAUAGGUUUAUAAAAAGAAAAAAUCACCACACACUGAGAACUUAGUCUGUCGCCUGACCCAUAAAGGUGGCUGGAUGCAAGGCUGCUGCCUGCUGGAUAUGUGAUAUGGCACAUCUCCCUUCUACUUUCAGAGCCAACAAAAUUUGAACAGAAUUAGGGUUUAUUUGUCUGCAAGAAUACCUGAAUUUAAAAAGUCAGGAUAUUUGAAACACUUAGGCUCAGGCUUGAUUAUAUUUGCCUAAGGACACUGUAUGUUUGCAACUUCUACUUUCCUUUAAAAAUUAAUUAAGAUUAAUCAGAAAUUAUUGUGGGAAGGUAGGACAGCCAUACACACACAGGGAAAGAGUGCAAAUGCCUAAGCCUGAUUUCCUCAGGAAAGUAAUGUAAAAACAAGGACCUUGUAGUCUGACGUUGCACUGGAAACCCAUGCUGGCAGUGCCAGGGGAAUGUUCAAGGUCUGCACAAUUACUAAUCUGCUGCUAAUUCCCAGUGGCACUAACAUCUGCAAAUCAAGCAUAUUUUGUGCCUUACUGCUGUCAUUUAAUGGAAGUUGGUGACAAUUAGCACUUUUUAUCCAGGUGUAUUAGACAUGUGGAAAACCCUGGAGCGCUGUUUCUCCAAUUGCAAGGUUAGGAUGCCUGCAGGGAAUUUGAUGUCAGUAUGCAACAAACACGGAGAGAAAAUGAAAACAAAAAGAUGCAACUUUUUUGUAUGCAUUUAAAAGGCAAUUUGAGUCACUAUUAUUGAACAACAAAUUGAAUAGUUGAAUAUGCUGUUUUACAAUUGGAAGCAAAAUAUGAUUCAAGAAGAAAAGCUACAGAAAAUUUUCCUAUUCUAGGAUUUCAAGGGAUAUAGAAAAAUCACAUUUUUUCAGAUAUUUAUUUCUGAUCAAGCUAGUUUUAUUUUCCCCCUGUUGUUUUUCUUUUUUUUCUUUUUUUUUUUUUUAAUAUAAUUGAUUAUGUAGAUGAACAAACAGGUUUUAGUGUGGGGUUUUUCUUCAUAAAAAGACAGUUCUGCUUUUAAUCCUCCUACAUUUAUAAAAAUAAUGUGCUACAUAGAGGAAAAAUUUUAUUCUCACUUUUUUUUGUGAUACAUAUACAGGGAGGGGUAUGUGCAUGUUGGUGUAUGCAUGUACACACACCUCCCUGUAUUCAAGAAGUUAUGAAAGGCUGAUGCUUCUUUUUUUGUAGCAGAAGCAAGAAUAAUCUCUCAAAAUAAUCUCUGCUGUCUACGAGGAGUUUGGUUGAUUAGACUCACAUGCACACAUCUGUGAGCAAGGUAUUGAAGUAAUUCAACAAAUGAAGUGCAGCACAACAUUGUCAUUAUUCCAUCUUUGUGUUUCUGCACACCCAAAAAUUAUGGAAGCCCCCUGGGUAUGCACAACCUUAGAUAGGUUCAUUCAUUUCCUUGGGCCCUUGUGCAGUCUCUCAUGCAACACAAACCAGUAACUUUGAAUGCAGAAUUGCCAUAGAAACAUCCUUGGCAUCAAGGAGAUAUUUGAAGGAGCAUCCUCUACUGCCUCAUUUGGGGAAUUCAGGUUGCCAGAGGCCUUUAGUGGGCUACAGAAGAGAGCUGGUGGUUGCAUGUGACUGAGAAACAUUACUCCUGAGCUCUGAUCCCAUCUCGCUCUCUGCUCAGCCUUUGGGAAAGCUGUUCUCUCUCAGCAAUGCAUAUUUCCUAAAGAAUGCUUAAAUACUAAACUUGCCUCAAAGGUAACCUGUUCUUUCUUCAUGUGCCUCUCAAGAAGGAUUCAAGGGGUUGGUCAUGGCCAAGAGAGCUAUGUUAAGAUUAAUAUCUUUCCCCCCAUACUUCUUGAACUAGAAAAGCCUUUUUGUCUUUGUUAAGAGUAAGUGCUAUGUGAACCAAGCACAAGCAAAUCACUAUGAUGUCACCUCGUUUGGGGAAAGAAGUACUGGUGAAGGGUCGCAUCUCAAAAAUAUUGCUGCAUUUUGAAUCCAAAUGUCAUUAGGAAGACAGUCAAAAUGAAAAGUUAGCCAACUUUUCUUUUUGACUGUUCUGCAGUUGCUGCAAGAGUGCCCUACAUUACUGCAUAGAGCCACCUAUUGUGUCAUAUUUGCAUUAAGGAGUGACUAGACUAAGAUUAAAAAUACUUUCCACAUAACAACUAAUGCAGAAAUAGUUAGUAUGACAAUCUGUCCAACUAUAAAUUCUUUGUGGCAGAACAGUGAUAAUCUUUGUUUUGUACAACAUCUCAUAAAAUUUCUUGAUCCUAACUGGGAUCAGCAGAUGCUUCUGCAUUAUGAAUAUUAAAUACCAAAGGAUUUGUGCAUGAGCAAUGCUGUCUGAUAUCUGGCAGGAAAAUGAAGCCAAGAGUUAUUCCAUUUGUGCCACACGCUUUCCAUGUAGUAUUUCUAUGGAUACAUGCAAAAUAAAUAUUAACUGAGGAAAUAACUCCAGUCUUUGCAAGAAUUUGCUUCUCAGCCAGUGCUUCUAAUGUGGUUACUAAUAAGUGGAGUUCGACAAAACAGUUAAAGGCAAUACGAUUUUUAAAAUGAGUUUAUUUUAGAAGCUUGGGAUAUGUGGCUUAACAGCUAUGGGGGUUUUUCCUUCUAUGUUUUAGUGUAUUUUGAGUGUUGAAGGCCAAUGAGAAAGUUCCAGAAUGCCAUGGGUAAAUCUUGGAGGUGUUUUCAGGCAUAUCAAACUGAGCAAUAGUCUCAGGUUGAAUAAAAGUGUUUCCUCUCA